UCCAAUUGCCUAAAACGCCUCUGUUUGAUUCUUCCUCAGUCCUCACUCACUCACCCUACGCCCAAGCUACCUUCUCUCUUUCCUCUGUUGUCAUUACACAAUCCAACAAAACUUCCAAAACCUCAAAACUCCCCAGAUUACAACAAAAAAAUGAACUCCAUUUCCACAAAAAUGCGCUCCAAAACCCUAAUUAGACUCUUCAGUUUAACUCCAACACUCAUCUCUCGCUCUCUUUGCACGGCCACCGAAACUCGAACCCAGAAACUCGAGCGAAUCGCCGAUCAGCUACUAGACCUUACUAAAAUCGAGAGACAUGACUACACAAUUCUCUUCCGUCACAAAAUGGGUAUCCAUCGCUACGGUCCAGCCAUCUCCGUAUCCGGCCCAUCUGCCCCCGGAUCCGGGUCUGGGUCUACGGAGACCAAACCGGUUGCUGAGAAGACAGCAUUCGAUAUUAAGCUGGAGAAGUUCGAUGCCGCCGCGAAAAUCAAGAUUAUAAAAGAAGUUAGGGGUUUUACUGAUUUGGGCUUAAAGGAAGCUAAAGAUUUAGUAGAGAAAGCGCCUGUUGUUUUGAAGAAGGGCCUCACUAAAGACGAGGCAAACCCUAUUCUUGAGAAGCUUAAAGCAUUGGGUGCUACUGUGGUACUUGAAUAAAUGAUUAUUUCUGUUUGUUAUAUUCUUUUUUCUUUUUGUGUUUGGGAUGUAGAAUAACACAAGUCUUUUAGCACCAAUGGAUCGAUGGAAAUCAAUCACAUUUUAGUUCUGAUUUUCUUGAAA